AUGCAGGAAGUUGAUAUUCCCUCAAAGUUUAUUAGAUGGAUCAUGAAUACCUUAACUAACGUCUCUUACAUAUUUAACAUCAAUGGAUCACUAUCCAAGUUUUUGAUUGCUAAGAGAGGUAUUAGGCAAGGGGAUCCUAUUUCCCCUUACCUAUUUUCUAUUCUUAUGGAGAACUUGCAGAGAUGCUUACAUCAGAUGCAACUUGAUUCAAAAUUCAACCAUCAUGCUAAGUGUAAGAGAUUGAACCUAACAAAUCUUAUGUUUGCUGAUGAUGUUUUGUUAUUUUCAAGAGGGGAUUUCAUAUCUGUGGAACUGAUGGUGAAGUCCUUCCACAAAUUUCUGAAUUCUACAAGUAUGAAAAUUAAUAACUCUAAAAGUAAAAUGGAUUUUGGUGCUGUCCAACCUGAAUUGAGAGAGAGUCUUCUUAGAUUUACUGAGUUUAAGGAGGGCACUCUUCCCUUCAAAUACUUAGGGGUUCCCAUUACUCACAAGAAGUUAUCUGUUGAUCACUACCUAGAAUUAAUUGAUAAAAUUCUGCACAGGAUUAGACAUUGGUCUGCCAAGCUCUUAACUUAUGCUGGGAGGCUCCAACUCAUAAAGAGUCUCUCCUUUGCUUUGGCAAAUUACUGGCUGACAUGUUUUCCCUUUCCUAAAACUGUGAUUAGUAAAAUAGAUUCCAUUUGUCGAUCCUUCCUCUGGACAGCAGAAGAAAGCAAAAACAGUCGAGUGGUUCUCAAUUCCGCUGAUUGUGACUUAGAUUUCAACAUUGAAUGCAAUGGACUUGUUGGAUAUGGCCUUCAUAAGGAAGGCUUUGGUUAUUGUUGGUCUGGUGCUAAAGCUAGUGUUGGAAUAACAAAGGGUAGAUAUUGUUAUGGCUGUGUUAUUCUUUCUGCUCAGCCUGUUGAUACGGAUGACACUCCUCCUGACCAGCGGCACCUUUGUCGUCUUGGUGUUUCUAGAGGUGAUGAUGCUGUUGGAACUCUAGGUGAGACCAAACACAGCUAUGGUUAUGGAGGCACCGGCAAGUUUUCUAAUGCCGGCAAAUUUUUGAAUUUUGGUGAUAGGUUUAGUGUUGGUGAUACAAUAGUUUGUUGCGUUGAUCUUGAGAGUAAACCACUUGCUUCUAUUGGUUUCUCUAAGAAUGGUAAAUGGUUGGGUACUGCAUAUCAAUUUGAUGUCAGUUCCCUUGGUCUUGGAGCAGAUUCUUCUUUUCCAAAGGUUUCGCCUUGGGAGUGGGCACUUUUUCCGCAUGUUCUGUUGAAAAAUGUUGUGGUUCAGAUGCAGUUCAGUGUUGAACAAGGACUUGUUCCUCAAGAAGGAUUCAGACCUUGGGCCUUGGCCGUUGCAGAUGGAAAUGCAGUUAUAGGACCUUCAUUUUCCGACCCAAAGGAUUGUGACUUGAUGAUGCUGGUAGGAUUACCGGCUUCUGGCAAGACUACAUGGGCUGAAAAAUGGAUGAAAGAUCAUCCGGAGAAGCGUUAUGUUUUGCUUGGCACAAACUUAAUUCUUGAACAAAUGAAGGUUCCUGGACUGUUGCGGAAAAACAACUAUGGUGAAAGGUUUGAUCGUUUGAUGGACAAGGCAAGUUCAAUGUUCAAUUUACUUCUGUCCAGGGCGGCUAACAUACCUCGCAAUUAUAUAAUCGAUCAGACAAAUGUGUACAAAAAUGCACGUAAGCGUAAGCUUACGCCUUUUGUUGACUAUCAAAAGAUUGCUGUUGUCGUAUUCCCAAAGCCAGAAGAGCACAAGAGACGGUCUGAAAAAAGAUUUAAAGAAAUGGGCAAAGAAGUUCCAGUUGAUGCUCUGAAUAACAUGAUUGCUAAUUACAUUCUACCUAAAAGCAAGGAUUUGCCGAAUUCCGAUGAAUAUUUUGAUCAGGUUUUGUUUGUUGAACUGAACCGAGACGAGUCUCAGAUGUAUUUGGAUCAGAUGAAGCAAGAUACUCCAUCUCUAUCUAAUAACAACCCGUCAAUAUUAUCACGCAGAGGUUUUUCUCGGUCUUCUUUUGGGCCUGCAUUGCAAAAUCAAGGAAGUUCGACAGGAAGUAGCAUUCAACAGUGGAGAGCUCAUUGUCCAAACUCUCAAACCGGCUAUAGGAUGCCUAGUCAAGUGGAUGCACCUGGUCAUAUGACAGAACCUCAGCUAAGCAUGAAUCCUUUGUCUGGAGGAUAUCCAAGUCAAAUUUCUCAUGUCGCAAGAUCACCCCAUCCUUUUGGACUUUAUUCCCAUGACGAAUAUCCUAGAGAUAAUGCUGGUUCCAGUAGAACUUACGGUGGCAUCGAAGCAUACAGGAACCCUGUUUUGGGUAGCCAGUAUAGACCAAGUACGGCAGGGAACAGCAACAUUGGUUUACCUGGAAGACCUUAUGUUCAGUGGCGGAGCCAGGGGGUGACCGGGGAAGGCCAUGGCCACCCCAUUACUUUUUAG